UCUAACCUCAACCAACAUCAACUGUCUCAAACUUGUGUUCAUCUAUGGUCUGAAAUAUUCAUGAAAAUCGCGUGUUUGAUGUGGAACAUUUGUUUAUUUAAAAUGUUUAUCUUAGUCGAAAUGAAAAAUAUUACUCGGAUUUUGCCCGAGCACUUUCACAUUAAACUUAACAAUGCUGUAGAAAUAGAAUUGAACAAAAAGCUAGCUAACAAGGUGGUUUUAAAUGUGGGGCUCUGCAUUGCUUUGUUCGAUAUCACCAGCUUGAAGGAGUCGUUUAUCAUACCAGGAGAUGGGGCUUCUCAUACCAUAGUUCAUUUUCGUUAUGUCGUUUUUCGGCCGUUUAUGGAAGAAAUUUUGGUCGGCAAAAUCCGCAGUUGCAGUCAGGAAGGUGUACAUGUAACUCUGGGCUUUUUCGACGACAUCCUCAUCCCCCCAAUUGCUUUGCAAUAUCCUUCCAAGUUCAAUGAAACAGAACAAGCAUGGGUAUGGGAAUACGACGUUGGAGAUGGUUCUAAGCAUGAUUUAUUCAUAGACGCAGGAGAUUCCAUCAGGUUUAGAGUGACCGGCGAACGUUUUGAAGAGACUUGUCCUGCAGGGCCUGCGAUAAUGCAAGAGGCCGAAGAAACGACGGAAAAUAAAGUACCCUACAGCCUGAUUGGGAGUAUAAAUGAGCCUGGUCUUGGGGUCAUAUCCUGGUGGAGCAACUAGGCUUAGAAGCGAAGCCUCAAGGCAUCUCUAUAAUGUGAUAUAUAGUUAGGAACUAGUACAAUUUUCUUUAUAAAAUAUCUAUUUUAUUAGCCAAUAACACUCUUUAUACAAGGGCUGCUUUAGCAGAAUGAUAGGAAAUCAAUGCACGAAUUAAGACACUAUAAAGUUGAAACUAAUUGGAAAUCUAUAGAUUUAUAAUUGACUUUUUUAUUAAAUUAAUUUCUGGCGCGCUUCAAACUGUUCAGUCUAGUAUAAAUUUAAUAUGUGAGAUUCAUGGCGUUUGUACUGGAAAAUCAUUUAAAAAACCAACCCUAGUUCUAUAGCAGUUAGCAUUAGUAUGUAAACACAUAAGAUCGUUCUGGUUUGGGUUGGUAGAUAUAAUCGUGGUUUGUAAAUAAGUGUUCAGAUCCAGAAAUAAAAUCGAAACAAAAAACUGUA